AGUGAUUACAUAUAUAAACAACCUGCUUACAUUAUACCUGACGAUUAAAGUAUUUUUAAAAUCGUUACUCUAUCGAUUACAUCGCGCAUGCGUUGACGCACGUUGCUAUCUGUAAUUUUUUCAUAAUAGGAACUAAAAUACAAGAUCCGAUAUGGUUAAAACAAUCACUGUUUUUGGAGCGACGGGUCACCAGGGUGGCGCUGUAGCCCGGGCCCUAGCAGCCGACACUGCCAAUUUCACAGUUCGCGGUAUCACCCGUGACGUUCAACAGGAAGUUAAAGUUGACGAACUGAAAGCAGCUGGUGUAACUGUUAUACAGUGUGAUUUAGACGAUGUAAACAGUAUUCGCAUGGCUUUAAACAAUGCCGACGGAUGUUUUAUUGUGACAUAUACAGACUUUUCUGAAGAUGACUGUAUAAAGAAAGAAAUACAAAGAGGAAAAAAUAUUGCAGACGCUUGCCGAAUGGCGGGCGUUCCUCACGUGUUAUAUAGUACACAACCACAUACGACGAGGGUUAAGGGCAUUGAAGCAAGGCAUUUAGUAGCCAAGGCAGAAAUUGAGGAAUUACUGGCUGGUUUGCCAUUAACAUGCUUCCUUGUUCCGUGUUAUUAUGAAAAUUUGUUCGAUCUUCUUAAACCCAGACAAAUAGACGAUUGUGGAAACUUUGUGUUGGAGAUUCCAAUGGGUGAAACUCCGCUUGAUUUAGUGAGUGUCGAAGAUGUUGGACAGGUUGCCAGGACAGUAUUUCUAAACAAAAACCCUUUUCUUAACAAAACUUUGAGUUUGUGCGGCGAGAAGUUGACUAUACGAGAGAUUGCAGCUCAAUUAACACAUUAUCUACGACCUUAUGUGUUCAAAGACAAACCUAUUACCGUGAAUGACUACAAGAAGCAGGGUAAACCGUGGUCCGUGGACUUCGGUAACAUGUUCGAGUAUUUUGUCCGGAAGGACCAGAGGUACCAGCUACAGCAUACCAAGGAACUUUACCCGUACGUGCAGAGUCUAGCACAGUGGAUCGAGAAAAAUAGGGACAAACUUUUCUCUACAUAUUCUGGAAAUUCGCAACAGCAAAUGUAACAACGGCCAUGCUACGCAUUAUUUCAUUUCAAUUAGUCAAUACAGUUUCAAAUGUGUUGUCUCCCUUGUUCCACCAUCUUUUUCCCCGCGUAAUUAAUUAAAGUGUGAUUAGACCUGUGUUAAGAAACUUACUAUGAAUACAAAAGGGAUGGUUUUUAAAUCACGGAAUAAAUCGUUUAGAUUGUUCUAGUCAAACUGACACCACCAGGACUUAUUGAGGAUAUCCGAAAUAUUUAAAUCUUUAAAUUAUUUACCGAACUUUAUUCUUGUAUUUCUUUUCUGACAGACCAGAAUGCAGUGUCAUUACCAUAUACUUUCAUUUUGCAUUAUAUAUUUAUACUUUCUUCUGUUGACUUUUUGCACGUCAUGAAUAUGUUUUCGCACAAAAAAACUUGUUGUGUUUAUCUUAGACU